CUCACAUUCAGUACCUGCAACUUGCGUGCUCAACACGAUUUCACUCAUCAAUUGCUACAAACUUCAUGGAUAGUCCUCUUUUCUCCCCCGCCAAGGCACGACAGGCUGCCAUCCAAGCCAAGGAUUGGGCCUAUGUGAACGCCUGGCUCAAUCGGCAGUAUGCGCCCAAUCCAGUCCCGAAGUUCGAACGUAAUGAAGACACACUACGGACCCUACUUGCAAUGGCUGCUGCCAAUGAUGCAGCGGACGAAGAGGCAUUGACUCUUCACAAAGCACGUGAGGAAGCCGUUAAGGCCUUCAAGUCUCAAGAAGAGAAAGAGGACAAGCAGAAAACCGAGAUCUUAGACGAGAUCGAACUCUCACUUGACGAGAGCGGCAGGCAGAGCCUUGACGACCUGGCGGAAACAACCACAGUGCUUGGCGCAAUAAGCACCGACGCAGUUGAUCUCGGUCAGUCCAUUAUUGAUUUGACAACGGAGGAGUUCGGAAUGCAGGAGCAGAUGUCUCGUGUGGAAGCACUCCAAACCUAUCUGGAGAAAGAACUCGUUACAUUGCGGGAGCAAUUAGAUGAUCUUAAGACCAAUGAGGCGUAUGAAACGCCUGCUGAUCUCCCAGCAUUGACGGCCGAAUGGACAAGGAAUACCAAGUCACUGAACGCGAAGGCUGCAGCCUCCCGGGAUAAGAUAGCCUCUCUUCAAAGGAGUAGAGGCAAAGAACCCCGACUGGAGGAUGUUAUCGCUAAGGAGGCGGAGGUGAUUGAACUUCUGGAGACAGUUAAGAGUCUAGAAACCAAAGUGAACAUGUUCCAUGACCUUCCCAGGGACGUCCCUGGAGCUCAGGCUAAAUGUAAAGAGCUUGAACGAGAACUGCAGAGGAUGAUUAAGGAAUGA